AUGUAAAUUACUUAAGAAUUUGAUUUCUUCGUCAUUGGAGGAGGUUCAGGAGGGUUGGCUGCUGCUAAAUAAGCUGCAUCUCAAGGAGCCAAAGUUGGUUUAGCUGAUUUUGUUAAGCCAUCUCCUCUAGGAACUAAAUGGGGUUUAGGAGGUACUUGUGUGAAUGUGGGAUGCAUUCCGAAGAAAUUAAUGCAUUUUGCAGCCUUGGCUGGUGAACUUAGAAAAGAUCAAGUAGAAGCAGGAUGGAUUAAUGCUGACAUAAAAGGGAAGCAUGAUUGGAAUAGAAUGACAGAGAAUGUGCGAAGUCAUAUCAAAAAGUUGAAUUUUCAGUAUAAAAACCAAUUGAACAACAAGGAAGUGAAAUAUUACAACAAAUUGGCAGAAUUAGAAAAAUCCAAUAUUGUGAAAUUGAUUGACAAGGACGGAGGAGUCGAGUUUGUAAAAUCAAAAUUCAUAUUGAUUGCAGUGGGUGGAAGACCUAGUUACCCAGAAGACAUUCCUGAAAUAGAAAAAAAAGUAAUUACUUCUGAUGAUUUGUUUUGGUUACCUAAUAAUCCAGGCAAAACUCUUGUUGUUGGAGCUUCCUAUGUGGCACUUGAAUGCGGAGGCUUUUUAAAUGGCUUGGGCUGUGAUAGUUCUAUUAUGGUUAGAAGUAUACUGCUGAGAGGAUUUGAUUAAGAAAUCGCUGGUAAGAUCGAAGAUUACAUGGUGGAGAGUGGGAUUAAGUUUAUAAAGGAGGCCAUUCCCAUCAAUAUUGAAGUGAUUGAACAUAAUAGAAGAUUAGUAACAUGGAAAUAAAAAGGAGUUCAGCAUAGUGACACUUUUGACACUGUGCUUAUUGCCACUGGUAGAAAAAGUGAUACUAGUAAGUUGAAUCUAGAGCGAGUAGGUGUUAAAACCAAUAAAAAUGGAAAGAUUAUUUGUACUAUUGAUGAUAGGACAUCUGUAGCAAAUAUCUAUGCCAUUGGGGAUUGUGUUGAGGGUAGACCAGAACUCACACCCACUGCCAUCAAAUGUGGAUAAUUAUUGGCUAAUCGUUUAUUUGGUGGAUAGAAGAAAAUGAUGUGUUAUCAAUUUAUUCCAACAACUGUAUUCACUCCACUUGAAUAUGGUUGUAUAGGCUAUUCAGAAGAAGAGGCAAUUAAUAAAUUCACUCAAAAUGAAAUUAUUAUUUAUCAUUCCAUUUUUAAACCUCUAGAGUGGAAUCUUUUGGAAUCUCAUUACGCCUAAGCUUGCAUGAUUAAAUUGAUUGUUAUGGUCUCAACAAGAAGAGUUAUUGGUCUGCAUUACUUGGGACCUAAUGCUGGUGAGGUUGUAUAGGGUUAUGCAGUAGCUAUAAAACUUGGAGCCACCAAAGAACAAUUCGAUGCAACCAUCGGCAUUCACCCUACUUGUUCUGAAGAAAUUUUAACUCUUACUGCAGUGAAAGGAAUUGAUAAUCCAUAAAAAGAGGGUUGCUGA